AUGCUUUCGAUUUUGGUAUUAUUAAUGUUAUUGCAAAGUUCCCUUCCAUUGUCGGAUCAUAGUGCAUACGAAGUUAUCACAUAUGAAUUUGUAGACAAAACAAAUACAACCUGUGUAAUCAUUGAAAUACCAAAAAAUUCAUCAUUUUAUAUCACGAAACCAGAUGAAAAUAUUUCUAUUGCCUUCGAUGACCCUACGAAGGGCAGUGGAAAAUGUGAUCUCAGAAAUGGAACCUUUGUAAAUAUGCCCCUUCAGAAUGGAUAUAAUUUGCAAUGGCAUUGGCUAUUCGAUCCAGAACCAUUCAUGGAAAUGUUCGGGCAAGGAUUCAAUACGGUUGGUGCUGAGGAAUAUCUCCUACAUGGAACCUAUGCUCUUGCCAAUCUUACUGUAACAAAUAUGGCCACUAAAGAAAUUCUUCGCGCUAAUACAACGUCGUAUUCUGGUUUGUUAAACAGAUAUUUCUUAACAGGUUGA